AUGGAUUGUGAAACUAAAAUAUGGUUGAUGGUGUUGUUUUUCUUCAGUGCAAUAUACAAGCAACAAUGUGCUCUUGGAGAGCCUCAAGUACCUUGUCUUUUCAUUUUUGGAGACUCUUUAUCUGAUAGUGGAAACAACAACAAACUAUCUACUGAUGCAAAAGUUAAUUACUUGCCUUAUGGGAUUGAUUUUCCAGAUGGCCCCACUGGAAGAUUCACUAAUGGCCGCACUUCAGUUGAUAUAAUCACUCAACUUCUGGGAUUAGACGAUUUUAUCCCACCUUUUGCAAAUAGCAGUUCUUCAGAUAUAGUCAGAGGAGUAAAUUAUGCAUCGGGUGCAGCAGGAAUUCGCAACGAGACUGGAACACAUUUGGGCGAGGAUGUUAGCAUGGAACUACAAUUACAAAAUCACAAAGUCAUAAUUUCUCAAAUCGCUAAGAAACUUGGAAGUUCUGAGCAAGCACAACCCCACCUAAACAAGUGUUUAUAUUAUGUGAACAUAGGCAGCAAUGAUUACUUAAACAAUUAUUUCUUGCCAGAGCAUUACCCAUCAAGCCGAAUGUAUUCUCCUGACCAGUAUGCUGGGGCUCUUGUCCAACAAUAUUCAAUGCAUUUAAAGGAUUUAUAUCUACUUGGAGCGAGAAAGUUUGCUUUGAUUGGGUUGAGCCUUCUAGGCUGCGUUCCACAUGAAAUUGUUGUUCACGGGAAAAAUGGGUCAAUAUGUGUUGAUGAGGAGAGUAAAGCAGCACUCAUUUUUAACGACAAGCUUAAAACCCUAGUUGAUCGAUUCAAUAAUGAAUUAUCUGAUGCCAAAUUUAUCUUCAUUAACAGUGCUGUGAUCACAGACACUAACCUGUUACCAGAUGCUUUUAUAUGCUGCAAAGUGGGGUCAAAUGGGCAGUGUACCCCAAAUCAGGAGCCAUGCAAGAACAGAAACCUACACCCUUUUUUCGAUGAAUUUCAUCCUACUGAGAUAGUCAAUCAAGUUACUGCAAGAAGUGCUUAUAAUGCUCCCAUUCCAGACUACGCGCAUCCAAUGGAUAUAAGUCAUCUUGUUAAGUUAUAA